AUGUUUCCGUUCAACCAGUUCGUUGCAGCUCAAUACCGAUAUUCCAAAUUCGGACAUGGAGGUAUCAAUCAGCUCGGCGGAGUUUUUGUUAAUGGUCGACCCUUGCCUGAUCUUGUUCGUCAAUCAAUUGUUGAUCUAGCUAAACAAGGUGUACGACCAUGUGAUAUAAGUCGGCAAUUACGAGUAUCACAUGGAUGUGUAAGUAAAAUCCUUGGAAGGUUUCAUGAAACAGGUUCAAUUCGUCCCGGUAUUAUUGGUGGAAGUAAGCCGAAAGUUGCUACACCGAAAGUUGUCGAUGCUAUAAGUAGUUACAAAAGUCAAGCGCCAACAAUGUUUGCGUGGGAAAUUCGAGAACGUCUUAUUGCUGAUGGAAUAUGUGAUUCAGAUAAAGUACCAAGUGUUAGUUCUAUAAAUAGAAUUGUUCGUAAUCGUGGAAGUUCACAUGAUAGUUCAAAGACAAAUAAUCACAAUAGCAAUAAUAAUAAUUCGUCGCCAACAACAUCAAAUGAUACAAUUGGAACGCCAACGCCAACAACAGGAACGACAUCAUCGAUGGCUAUGAAUGGUACAGCAAGUAAUGAAGACGAUAGUAGAAGUCAUCAAACAGGUGUCUCAUCAUCGCCGAAUGGUUAUAGUAUUCAUAGUUUACUUAAUCAUUCACAAUAUAAUCUAUAUGCGAACGGUUAUUCAACAAAGCGUUCUCAGCAUCAUCACAGUCAUGGAUCUCGUAUGAGUCAUCAUCAUAUGGACAUGCAUGAUCAUAAACAUUUUUCGGCUGAGCAAAUCAAUUUUCUUGAUAAAUUUUUUAAAGAAAAUUCAUGGGCCGAAAAUGCACAAAUCGAAUCGAUUGCUAAAGCAACUGGCCUGACUGAAUCUAUCAUUAAAGUUUAUAUUGAUCAACGUCGUUCUAAAUGGAAUUCAAUGUAUCCAUCAAACAGUUAUCUUAAUUAUGGUACCAAUGAAUUUUCAAAUGAUCUAUCAACAUCAUCAUCGUCAUCAUUUCAUAAUGCCAAUCAACAUUUCAUUGGAAAUAAUUCAAUGAAAAAUGAUUUCGAUUUAUCAGCAACACAACCGAAUGAACUCUUUUGUUCGUCGUCAGCAUCUUAUCCAACACCAGCAGCAAAUUUCUCAAUACCAGCACAUGCUUCAGACUAUUAUUCUUCAAAUCCGUAUUCAACGGAUUGGCGUUAUUCAUCAUUUUCAAAUUUUAAUCGUGAUAUUCAUCAAUAUUAUCCUUCUUAUGUGUGCGAUUCAUCGCUCAAAUCCGAACCUAUUCAAUAA